CAUGGCGACAAACUUCUCGAGCAUCCCCGUCCUCGAUUAUGCCCUCGCGUCCGACGCGAGCACCAAACCCCAGCUCCUCGUCGCGCUGCGCAACGCCCUCACGAACGUCGGCUUCUUCUAUCUCAAGAGCCACACCGUCCCGUCGGAGUGCAUCGAUGCCGCCGUAGCGUUUUGCCCGCGCCUCUUCGACCUGCCUGCCGCGGAGAGGGAGCGCAUCCGGAUGGUGCACAACGCGCACUUCUUUGGCUACUCGCGUUUCGGCGCGGAGCUCACCAAAGGGAAGGUCGACCAGCGCGAGCAGUUUGACUUUGGGACGUCCACGGGGCCGCGCUGGAAGGAGGGGGACCCGGACUUCAUGCGGCUCUGGGGGCCGUCGCAGUGGCCGGAUGAGAGCCUCCUGCCGGGCUUCCGGGAUACGUUUGUGGAAUAUGCGCAGAGAUUGCAGAAGCUAAGCGGAGAGCUGCUCGGUCUUAUCGCCGAAGCCCUCGAGCUGCCCCCCAACGCGUUCGCCCGGUUCUUUGAGCCUGAGGGGAACCAGGACCACGAGUCCUCGAACCAGGGAGUAGGGCCCCACUACGACGGCGGUUUCAUCACCUUAUUGCUGCAAGCGUCACCACAUCGUGGAUUGCAAGUGCAAAAUGUCUCCGGUGAAUGGAUAGAUGCUCCACCUACUCCUGGGACGUUUGUCGUGAACAUCGGUAAAGCUCUAGAAACGAUAACCCAAGGCGUGGCGAUUGCGACCUCGCACCGCGUUCUGUCACCGGAGAAAGGAUCGACGCCACGCUACUCGAUACCGUUCUUCCAGAUGAUAAGGCGUGACCGGGUCAUCGGCAAGGAAGUACUCGAGCUGCCACCGGAGAUCAUGAAGAUUAAGGAGGCCAGAGAACAACUUGGUUCAGACUCUGUUAACUAUGCCGAGUAUCACCAGUUGCCUGCUGGUCUGGUCGCUUUGGUCAGCCGCGUCAAGAGUCAUCCUGACGUCGCUCAACGACACUAUCCGGAGCUCUUCAGGCAGUUCUUCCCUGAUGGUCUUCCCGCGCACGGCGCUGCAUACUGAACAUUCCGGUUCCCCGAAGCCUCCACCCCAAGCUAGCCUCGUCCCGUCCCUUCUGGAAGGGGUUCGUACAAACCGCACGCAAUGUAGUCAGUGGGUAUUAAAGUUUGGGGAGGGAGUUGGUGAGCUGUUAUCAAUCCAGCUGCAGAACAGC